GGGUAACAUGGCGGCCUCACGGCGGCGGUGAAGGUGAGAGGUGAGGAGCUGCUGGAGGCCGGGCUGGACGCUCCGGGGGUUGGCUGCCGGGCGGCAGGGGCAGGGCAGCGGCGGGAGCCGUCUGGGCAGGGCCUUGCAGCCCCGCCGAGGCGCUCUGUGGGAGCGGGAGCGGGGCCCUUCCCGCCCUUUGCCUGGCGCCGGGUCCCCUGAGGGCUGAGGAGAAGGCGACGGCGGCCGCCCGGAGCAUCUGCACAGUGCAUCUCCCGGGCCCUGGGCUGGCGAGGAGGCAGAGCCUGGCCGAUGAAGGAGCUCGGCAGCCCCUGCCCCUCAUCCCUUGGUCCCUUUGCCACAGGGCCGGGGACAGGUUGGAUUCGACGUUGUUGAAAGAGCUGCGGGACGUCUGGCCAGGGCGAGAGCAAGAGCGCUGCAGUCAUUCGCGUUCAAGAGGGCCUCGAGCUGACCAUGCCUGACUGGUGAAAACAGAACUCCUCCUGAAACGCAAUGUCCCUGUUGUUUACUCGUUCCAACUCAAUAGUUGCAGUGAAGAAGGAUAAAAGACACAUGGCUGAGGUAAAUGCUUCACCGCUCAAACAUUUUGUCACUGCAAAGAAGAAGAUCAAUGGUAUCUUUGAACAGUUGGCUGCAUACAUCAAUGAGAGUGCCUCUUUCCUGGAAGAAACACACAGGAAUAUAGAGCUCGAUCCUGUCACCACAGAAGAGCAGGUACUGGAAGUCAAAGGCUACCUGUCAAAAGUCAGUGGCAUAAGUGAAGUGUUGGCAAGACGACACAUGAAAGUUGCCUUUUUUGGAAGGACAAGCAAUGGGAAAAGCACUGUGAUAAAUGCCAUGCUGUGGGACAAAGUGCUUCCUUCAGGGAUUGGACACACCACUAAUUGUUUCCUGCGUGUAGAAGGGACAGAUGGACAUGAAGCUUUCCUGCUUACUGAAGGCUCAGAGGAAAAGAAAAGUGUUAAGACAGUAAACCAGCUGGCUCAUGCCCUUCAUCAAGAUGAACUUCUGAAUGCUGGCAGCCUCGUCAGUGUGAUGUGGCCAAAUUCCAAAUGCCCUCUGUUAAAAGAUGACUUGGUGUUGAUGGACAGUCCUGGCAUUGAUGUAACCACAGAAUUGGACAGCUGGAUUGACAAAUUCUGUCUUGAUGCUGAUGUGUUUGUCCUGGUGGCGAAUUCCGAAUCAACACUGAUGCAAACUGAGAAGCAGUUCUUUCACAAGGUGAACGAACGCCUGUCUCGACCCAAUAUCUUUAUUUUAAAUAACCGCUGGGAUGCAUCAGCCUCUGAGCCAGAGUACAUGGAAGAGGUGCGGCGGCAGCACAUGGAGCGAUGUACCAGUUUCCUGGUAGAUGAGCUGGGUGUGGUGGAUCGAGCCCAGGCAGGGGAUCGAAUUUUCUUUGUGUCAGCCAAAGAAGUGCUGAAUGCCAGGAUUCAGAGGGCUCAAGGAAUGCCAGAAGGAGGUGGAGCAUUGGCAGAUGGAUUCCAAGUGAGAAUGUUUGAGUUUCAGAACUUUGAGAGGAGAUUUGAGGAAUGUAUCUCACAGUCAGCAGUAAAAACCAAAUUUGAGCAGCAUACGGUGAGAGCAAAGCAGAUUGCAGAAGAUGUUCGUCUCAUCAUGGAUUCUGUGCAUGUGGCUGCCCAGGAGCAACGGGUUUACUGUCUGGAAACACGAGAGGAACGACAGGAGCGGUUGGGUUUCAUUGACAAACAGCUGGAGCUCCUCACUCAAGACUACAAGCGGAAAAUCAAAGAGAUCACAGAAGAAGUGGAGAGACAGGUGUCAAAUGCAAUGGCAGAAGAAAUCAGACGCCUUUCAGUGUUGGUAGAUGAAUACCAAGCAGACUUCCACCCAUCUCAAGUAGUUCUUAAGGUUUACAAGAGUGAGCUGCAUAAACACAUUGAGGAAGGUCUGGGCCGUAACAUGUCGGAUCGUUGCUCCAAUGCAAUCACAGCUUCCCUGCAGACCAUGCAACAAGAAAUGAUAGAUGGUUUAAAACCCCUUCUCCCAGUCACUUUGCGGGGCCAGAUAGACAUGUUAAUCCCCCGACAGUGCUUCACGCUCAGCUAUGAUCUGAACUGUGACAAGCUUUGUGCUGACUUCCAAGAGGACAUAGAAUUCCAUUUCUCUCUUGGAUGGACAAUGCUGGUGAACAGAUUUUUGGGACCAAAGAAUGGCCGUAGAGCCUUAAUGGGCUAUAACGACCAGGUUCAACGCCCUUUAACACCAGCAAAUCCCAGUCUGCCUCCUUUGCCUCAGGGCUCUAUGACCCAGGAAGAGCUCAUGGUGUCGAUGGUGACUGGACUGGCCUCGUUAACUUCCCGAACUUCCAUGGGGAUCAUCGUGGUUGGAGGCGUGGUCUGGAAAGCUGUGGGCUGGAGACUGAUUGCUCUCUCUUUUGGCCUUUAUGGGCUCCUUUAUGUAUAUGAGCGCCUCACCUGGACCACAAAAGCGAAAGAGAGAGCGUUCAAACGGCAGUUUGUGGAGUAUGCUGGUGAGAAACUGCAGCUCAUCGUCAGCUACACCGGUUCAAACUGCAGCCACCAAGUCCAACAAGAGCUUGCUGGGACGUUCGCUCAUUUGUGUCAGCAAGUGGAUGUCACACGGGAGAAUCUUGAGCAGGAAAUUUCUGCCAUGAAUAAGAAAAUCGAAGUUCUGGAUUCACUGCAGAGUAAAGCAAAACUGCUCAGGAAUAAAGCAGGUUGGCUUGACAGUGAGCUCAACAUGUUCACCCAUCAGUACCUGCAGCAAAGCAGAUAGUGUGGGAAGAAGAGAAAAACUACACUUUAUUUUCCUUCAGUGCUCUCUUAAUUACUGCAGAGAACAUGGUGGGUGAUGGAAUUCCCUCAAGGGAAUGAGCAAAAGCCUAUUGCUAUGUUUCCAGUUGUUGUAUAAACAAUAGGGUUCUGCCUCCUCGUUUGUGUCCCACCUCUAAACACUAGCUGGUGAUAACUCUACUUUUUCCUUCAUGUGAGACCAGGCUACUUCAGAAGGAGUGUGUGCUUCGUGCAUUUACAAGGGGCUUUUUGAAGCAAAAUCAAGUACAGUAACAACUGUAAAACAAACACAAGUGCUGGUCAGGUUAAAAGCUUUUCUGACACCUCAUUAUGAAGUCAUUAACUUUAUUAUAUGAACAUGGUAUUUUUGACUUCCAAGCCCCAGGUUUAUGUUUGUUUGACAAGCAGCUGUUGGUCUAAACACAGAUCCCAUGCACACAGAUGUAGUGAUGGUUUGACAAUGUAUUUAUUGCCCAUUCAGGCCUAUCUCCUAGGUUAAUGUUCUGUUACUAUAGAACAUGCCAAGAGAAUCACUCUGUCCCUUCAUAGAAAGGUUUAUUGCUAUCAGUAUGUAAACCUAUGAACAAACUCCAGUUUUUUUGCCAGAGCAAGAGAGACUAAGGUUUUGCUUUGGUAAGUUUAUUGUCUUCUGAGUUAGCUUCUUCCUUUUAUGAGCUCUUAAAUAGUGAAUAGUGUCCAUGUCAUGGACAACAAAUGUGCAGAGAUAACUAACUCCUGGGAAAGAGGUAGUGCUAAUAAUUGGCAUCUUGUUGAGGAAGAAAGGGAAGAAAAGACAGUUGACAGAAUGUAACAAACUGCCUUAUAAGCUGAUGAAUGUGGGGGUGGCUUUGUUGGGUUUUUUGGGGUUUUUUGUUUUGGAAAUGCACAGCUGUGUUUCUGGAAGCAGGCCUUUGGAAUUCCAUUACCACCACUUGGCCACAAGAGCAGCGUGUGGAUUACAAGCUGUAAGAGAUUUUGCUUCAUGUAGAGUUCCCAUAGGAUGUGACAGUCUGUGCAGUAAUAUGAUUUGAUGCUAUUUCUCUUCUGUUGAUGAGAAAGAGCUGGCAAGUGCAGCCUUUCUAGGGUCGGGGGAGAGACCUGUCCCUCUGUAUUUCAUGCCAGUAAAGAAUGCGUUAAGGCAUUAGUUGAUUAAGCAUUAAGCAAUUUUGAAAGACAUUCUUUAUUUGCAAACAGAUGAAAUUAAUCAUUGGGGUUUGCCCUGAGGCAUUUUUUAAUUUGGAUUCUAAUAUAUGGGAAUUGUAAGCACUUGAGUCUCUUCCUGUUGGAAUUGCUAGAGGAGACGUUCCCUCUGCUUUUGAUAGUACCAGGUCCCCGUGUUGCAGUUGCUUUUCCAUUUGGUGGGUCAGUGUUUUCCUAUGUGUCAGGUACAACCUCUCUGUUCCCUGAGGAAUCCGGAAUCAGAUCCUGUAGUUCUGAGGUCAGUGACAACAUAAAUCUGUUCAGCAUCAAACUUGAGAGAAUCUGGGCUGUCUUUGAGCAAGGCUCAGCUGGAUUUGGAACUACUAAGCAGUAGAGCUUUUUUCUUAUGGACAACGAGACUUUUCACUUGAGAAUGGUAUCAACAGGCUGUAGGAUUUCUCAUUCAUACCCAGGUGUGAAUAUACAUGUCUGUGACAAGUUCCCUGUUGCAUGUGUCAUGAAAGUUCCAGAAAAGAGAAGCUGCCUGAUACUUGAGGGAGUUAAAAUAGUAAAUCGUCAGUAAGUACUUUUGACUCUACUAAGAUUUCAACGAGGCUUGAACCAUCUUGGUCACAUAGGAGCUCGCAAUAAGACUCUUGUUAUGUCCCUGGAAUGCAAGAAGCAAGCAAACCUUUCCAGUAGACAGCUAGAAUCCAACCCAAACUGAAAAACCAUUUUCAUCAGAGACCUUCAUUGGCUGCAGACAGUUUCCUCAGGCAGCCACCAGGACAUAAGUAGGGCUUGGAUCAGAUCUGAGAAUGCCUUGCCUGUGGAAAUCUGCUCUCCAGGCUUCUGGUGAAGUAUACCACAGUAAGUGGAAUUGUCCACUGUUACUCUGCUGCAGGUACUAUGUGACCAUGAUCCUAGUCUCUAUAAUGGGCUGUGUACAAUGCUAUUGAGCUGAAGCAUGAAGCACACCCCUUGAUAGACCAGGAACCUGUUUGUCAGUUCCAGGUAGAGGGAGGUGAUGAUGCACUACUGCUCAGCAGCUCUAGGCUGCCUCAGAUGCUGACCUUGCUUUGAAAAUGUGGUAUUAGCAUCUUUUCAGCAGGCCUUUAGGGGAAAUCUGACACAUGAGCUAUCUUCAAGCCCAGUGACUGAUCUGUAAAGGGAAAAGACAUUGUUGGGUUCUUAGAACCCAGCGUGUGUGUUUCUGACACCGUUGAGAUCUUGGUGACGUUGGCAUUCUCACUGCAGUGCUGAAACCUAACCUGUAGAACAGGGGAAAGAACCACUUGAACCUCUUAAACAGCAGAACUGCUAACAUGGGAGGGAAGAAUUUUUAGGUAUGUGUGUAACCUUUGUCCCUAGAAGCCCUUUAAAGUUCUUUUUAAAGAAAAUACAGCUGUACUUCUUUAAUUCAGAGUGAUGGAGGAAUGAACACUUGUCAGCAGGAAGGCUGCUUUCUUCCAGUUUUCCUGAAGAAUAUUAAGCUCAUCCUUAGACAAUUCCAAAACCAGCCUUCCCCCAGCUCUAAUUAAAGAAGGUCAGCUAAAUGCACUUUAUCUUAUUGCUGCUACUUGUUUUUUCUCUUUGUGUUAUGUUGACGGAGCUCUUUGAAAGUGACUCUUACCAGUGAGUUUUCUCUCUGCUGUAUUUAAGGUGGUAAUUUUGCAUGAAUUAUUGCUGUAUCAAUGCUGUAAACAAUGGAAACCAAAAUAAAACAGUUGGAAAAAA